UGUGCCAUGCAACAUAACCAUGCCCUCUGUUGUCUGUUUGCCUUUCUACUGCUGUACAAUUUCUUAUCCUGGAGUAAAAACAUGCUAUUCUUAACUCAUACUGCCAUCAGCCAGCCUAAAAGUCUCAAGCACAACCUCACCAUCCUCCUAUGGCACUGGCCUUUCGGAGUUCAUUACAGACUACAAAGAGGCAUCUGUAUGAGUCAAUACAAAAUCCCUAGAUGCUUCCUGGAGGACAACAGAUCCCUUUUCGCUCAAGCAGAUGUUGUAGUCUUCCACCACCAUGAGCUCUGGACUGGAUACUCCAAGCUUCCUCUCCAUUUGACACGUCCACCAAUGCAGAAGUGGCUUUGGUUAUCACUGGAGCCUCCCAUAAACAACUAUGACCUGAGGAACUACGCCAGCAUCUUCAACUGGACCAUGAGUUAUCGUCGAGAUGCUGACAUCUUCAUGCCUUACGGAGAGCUUAUCGUCAAAUCGACUAACACUACGUAUGUCAUUCCCAGGAAAAGUGACUGUCUGGUUUGUUGGGUGGUCAGUAAAUACAAAUCCAAUCAGAGUCGCUCUCUAGUUUUCCAUCAGCUGAAAAAACACAUUCCUUCCAGACGUAUUGAAGUGUAUGGUCAAUGGUCAAACUGGACGCUCUCAAACAAAAAGCUGCUUUCCACCAUUUCUCAAUGUUACUUCUACCUAGCCUUUGAAAACUCAAUAUCCACAGAUUAUAUCACGGAGAAGCUGUGGAGAAACUCUUUUCAGGCAGGAAGUGUGCCUGUGGUGCUUGGCCCACCACGCAAUGUUUAUGAAUUAUAUAUUCCACCAGGAUCUUUCAUCCAUGUGAAUGACUUCAGCAGUGUUAAAGAACUGGCUGUUUUCUUAAAUCAAGUCGCUGCUGAUAGAAAGCGAUACGAGUCUUAUUUUAAAUGGCACCAUCACUAUGAUGUUAGAAUGUACACCGACUGGAGAGAGAGAUUGUGUCAGAUUUGCUUGCGUCAUGAGCAGCUUUCUAAGCAUAAAGUGUACAAUGACCUGUACAGUUGGGUCAAUCGAUAACCCUAUGUCUGGUAUUGACUUUUGUGACUAAAUAAAUAAAUGAGUGUUUGAUCGAAUGAUGAAUUUC